AUGUCGGACGGCGAGCAGGACGAGGAGUUCACGAUGGAGCUCCCGCUCAUCUGGCAGUUCGUGCAUCCCGAGUACGCCCGUCGCGGCAGCAGCGAAGGCGGUCAUCGCGACAUCAGCGAGUCGGAAGAGGAGGAGGAAGACGACGAGGUGAUGCGCAAGAAGAAGGCGCCGAAGCUAGGAAAGCUGCUGCGCUUCCUCAAUGACGUCGAGGACGACGAGGAGCUGGAGCGCAUGCUCGCGGAGCGGGACCCUGUGACGCAGCAGACGCUUCUCCAGUGGGCCGCGCGGCAGCGGCACUUCAUGCUCACAGAGUACUUGGUGANGGAGCGGGACCCUGUGACGCAGCAGACGCUUCUCCAGUGGGCCGCGCGGCAGCGGCACUUCAUGCUCACAGAGUACUUGGUGAAGCGGGCGAAGCGCAUGGCAUUCGGCUUCCCGAUCGAGUCCACGGAGAUGAUGGUGUAUGGGAAGUGGGAGGAGAUGCGGCCUGAGCUUCCGACGCCGGCGGAGGUGCAGGCGCGGCAGCAACGGCGCGACGCGAAGCGCAGCGCAAACCUCGCGGCGCAGCAGGACGCCGAGAACACCCGUGACGAGGAGGAGGAGGAGGAAGAGGAGGAGAACGAGGACGACGAUGAGGAGGAGGAGAAUGAGCCGCUGCCAGAGGAGCUGGUGUACGAGGCGCUCUCGGAGUACCACGACGAGUGGGGCGACCGCG